UCCUCUUCAUGAUCACUUGCUGCCAAUUGUUGUUGCAGCUCAAGCUCCAAAACCUACAUCCUACACCAAUUCACCACUUCACUCUGCGCGUGUGUGUGUGUGAGAAAAAAAGAAAGAAUUACAGUGGUUGAAUUGAAUCCUCAUAACUGAUAUUAAUCAAAUGAUCGUCCAAGAUCACCCCUCCACUAAAUCCUCAAAACCCCAUUAUUACCCUCUCAAUCUCAAAACUUCCAACAAAAUCCCACUCUUCUCCCAUACCAAAAGUCUCGAUUUCUCCACAUGGGCUUCCGACAACUCCUUCAAAUUGUUCAUAAUCACCAUCUUCACCUUCACAGUUGCAGCAUUUUUCUUCUUCUUCCACACCUCCACUCCCCUCUUCUGCUCCCAGAAUUCCCAAAUUCCGCACAAACUCAAAAUCCCUAAACCUAAUUUCAAUUCUAUACACCCUAUUCUGGAUAAGUCCUCUCCCUACUCCUCAUUCCACUCAGAGCUGUGGAUUAUAGUCUCCGUCUCCGAUUAUCCCUCAAUUCCACUCCAAAAUCUCGUCAGAACUAAAGGCUGGCAAGUUUUAGCUGUGGGGAACUCGAAAACCCCUAAAGAUUGGAGCUUGAAGGGUGCAAUAUUCUUGUCAUUGGAUCAACAAGCGGAUUUAGGGUUUAGAGUGGUGGAUUAUUUGCCCUAUGAUUCUUACGUGAGGAAGAGUGUAGGGUAUCUUUUCGCGAUCCAGCACGGUGCAAAGAGGAUUUUUGAUGCGGACGAUCGUGGUGAAGUGAUUGGUGGCGAUCUUGGGAAGCACUUUGAUCUUGAUUUAGGGAGUGCAGUGGUGAAGCAGCAGAGGAUUUUGCAGUAUAGUGAUGGGAAUUCGAACAGGACCGUUGUGAAUCCGUAUGUGCAUUUUGGGCAGAGGUCGGUUUGGCCGAGAGGGCUGCCAUUGGAGAAUGUAGGUCAAGUUGGCCAUGAGGAGUUCUACUCUGAGGUCUCUGGAGGGAAGCAGUACAUACAGCAGGGUAUAUCUAAUGGGUUGCCGAAUGUGGAUUCGAUCUUUUAUGCAACUAGGAAGGGGGGACCGGAGGCGUUUGACAUAAGGUUCGAUGAGCAUGCUCCAAAAGUGGCCACGUCUGCAGGUAUAAUGGUGCCGUUGAAUUCUUUCAAUACAUUGUUUCAUUAUGAUGCAUUUUGGGGUUUGAUGCUUCCUGUGUCUGUGAGUACAAUGGCGUCUGAUGUGUUGAGAGGGUAUUGGGGGCAGAGGGUGUUGUGGGAGAUUGGUGGUUAUGUCGUAGUUUAUCCCCCGACUGUUCAUAGGCAAGAUAGGACUGAAUCAUUCCCUUUCGUAGAAGAGAAAGAUCUUCAUGUGAACGUAGGACGGUUGAUAAAGUUUUUGGUUGAUUGGAGAUGUGAAAAGAAAACACUGUUUGGGAAAUUAGUAAACUUGAGUUAUUCCAUGGAGAAAGAAGGGUUUUGGAAUGAGAAUGAUGUGAAAUUAACCCUGUCGUGGCUGGAAGACUUGAUUGCAAUCGGGUAUCAGCCCCCGGAGUUGAUGGAGGUGGAGAUGCAUAAGCAGAAUAUGGUCGCGAGUGUUGCUGAUAGAAAGGAAUUUGUGCCUCGGAAACUGACUUCUAUGCAUCUUGGAGUUGAGGAAUCGGGGACAGUAAAUUAUGAGAUUGGGAAUCUUAUUCGAUGGAGGAGGAAUUUGGGUGAUGUUGUGCUGAUUAUGUUUGUUAGUGGACCUGUUCAGCAAACUGCCUUGGAAUGGAGAUUGCUUUAUGGUAGAAUAUUCAAAACAGUGGUUAUUUUGUCAACACAAGCUGAUGCAGAUCUUGCAGUCGAGGAAGGGCAGUUGGAUCGAACAUACAAGUAUCUUCCCAAAAUUUUCAAUAGGUUCAACAACACACGAGGCUUCCUCUUCCUACACGACAACACAAUUUUAAACUACUGGAGCCUGUUGCAAGCCGACAUGUCUAAGUUGUGGAUUGCCAACAAGGUGCCUAGUUGAUGGUAAGGAUUCGGCAUGGUUUGCAAAACAAGCCGACAUGGUAAAAGGAGUUGUCAGUACGAUGCCAGCUCAUCUACAGGUCAACUACAAAGAAAGCAGUCCAAGUCAGCAAAGUUUGGCUCUGUGUGGUUCUGAGGUAUUCUAUAUUCCUCAGCAAUUUGUUUCAGACUUUGUCGAUUUAGUGGGCGAACUUGAUAUCCAUCACAAGAUUGUUGUGCCCAUGUUCUGAAUAAUAUGAUCUACAAGGCAAACAUUAGUUUCUACUCAGCUCAGGUACCGGCUGUAUACCCACUUAACGUAAGGUUGAUAGAGCUCAUGGCAGCAGCCGAUCCUCUUCUUAUGGAACUCUUUUAGGAUAAUAUUCAUCUCUUCAAAUUCCAUAUUUUCACUCUUCUUUGUUGGGUUACGAGUUUCAAGGAAAGCAAUUUUUUCUAAAUUCAUCGCGUGUGUAAGUGUAUUUCCUUUGAACAAUUCAUUUCACCUUAAAUGUAAAUGUAUAUCAAUAACAAUUCUUUGGUAUGCAAUGUCAUAUUAUCAUUCAUGAAAGCACAAUUGCACAAAGUAAUCUGUAAAUCUGAAAGAGCCAACUAUAGAUAGAUAUAUGGCAGAUGAGAGUUCUUGACUAUAACCAGUGGAGGUUAGGUUAUUUAUUACUACUAGGCAACACAACUUUUGCUCAGCCAUAAUAAAGCAAGACUAUCUAAUCCUCAGAUACAAGGGUGUCGAUCUUUCUCUCGAGAUGGGCCUCAUGAUCUUCGAGACGGGCCUUUACUGAGCCAUUUUCCCAUCGGAUCAGUGUAGGAACUCCCGUAAGCUUGAACCUAGGGUCGACCCUCCACGGGUGCUGAGGGUUCCUCCAUGUAGGCCUAUCUCCAACGUAGGCCUUCAACAAUGCCACAUUACCUGAAGCCGCUUCUAGCUUCUUGUAUAUCACUGGUUCAGCUCUAACACAAUCUGAAGUAGAAAACCAAUGAAAUAAUUACCCAAGAGAAGAAAAUACCUGAUAACCUCAGAAAGUAGGAAACUCCACAAGCUGAGUAGAUAGAAAUUUUGAUAAACACAAGCAUCAAUAGAUUAAAUCAAAUAUGGGGAAACAAGCUUAUGGUUGUCUGGCUAUAAUGAAACAAAUUGUGGAAUGAAGAUGUAGCAAGCACAUGCUCUGCUCAGACUACAAUGGGGAAAGGAGUCUGGAACCAGAGAACUCUGCUAACAAAAAGAGACUAGAAAACAACACUUUACACACACUCACACAUAAAUAUUGAAACAAAGCAAGCAGAAGAGGUGGUGGUAUCAUCCAAGCCUAAGCAGCAUAGAAUAUGUUUCUUCAAGUAUAGAGAUGUAAUAAUCUUUGAACAGAAAUUGCACUAUGAAAUAAAUAUGACAGCAGACGGUUGAAUUGAUAACACUCUAUGUAAUAGUAUUUUCUUCCUCUAAGUUGUGUGUGGAGAUAUGGAGUUUACUUUGCAUAAACUGUUUGAAGUUUUAAGGAAAGUGAGAACAAAAAUUUACAUUUGGCUGUAAUUAGAUCAUACGACAAAAACUUUCAUCAUGUAACACCGAAGGCCAGAUAAUCAAACAAAAUGGAGCAGUGUAGUAUGUCUAUGAUAUAAAUUCAAAGCUUCAGGCCGAAGUAGAAAACAACUAAACUUCAUAUUUACCAGACAUUCAACUCAAGAUGAACAAGAGAAUAUACAAGAGAUGUAGUUUGAUAAGACACAGAAUGCUAUAGUGAUCCCCCAAUCCUCCCUUAAAAGCAAAACUCUGCAUAUUUAUAGAAUAAUUUUAGAAAGUGAAUUGAACUCAAAAGAACCACUGCAUAAUAUCCUACUAAAUAUGAAUUUAUCCACCCAAAGAAAUCCAUUAAUUCAUGCGGCAUGUGUGAACUGACUUAGUUACUACAUUUCUGUCAAAUCAUCUUCAGUCAUCAGUAAACAAACCAAUAGUUCAAAGAAAAAA